UCUUAAUAACUAGAACUCACCGACAUUUCAGAAAAUUUCUGGAAUCGGAAAAGUAACAAUGAAGCUGAUUAUCACAAAAGGGUCUCAAACUACUACACCUGAAAUCUUGUUUAAAGACAUUUCAGCUGUCGAUCUUGACAUGAUUGCUAGUCUAUGAGACCCCAGCUUCAUUGCUGCAUCCAUGAUGCUGCAGACGAGUUUGGAUGCUCUGUCAGAACAUUUCUGUGUCUGUCCUCAGCAGAUCCCGACAAGUGACAUCGAUGCUGUGCAAGAGUGUUCGACGAACGAAGGCUCUCCGAACAACAAAGCUGCAUUCAGAAGAACCCGAAUCAGCAGCAUGCACUUUGACGAUAAAGUGGGCACUCUCAGACAAGCUCUGAGUGUGUUCCACAAUCCUGAUGAAGUAGUUUUUAUGAGCAACACCAAAGGAAAAGACAGGAUCAACGCCAGCGUCAAAAGAUCCAAAUACAUCGGGGUCUGCAAGAAUGGGCCUCACUGGCAAGCACUAAUUUCAAUAAACAAGAAGAAGACUUACAUCGGCACUUACCAGACGCAGGUGCUGGCAGCCAAAGCCUACGACUUGUACUGCAUGUUGCUGCAGGGACUUAAGGGGAAGACGAACUUCUGCUACACGAAAGCAGAAGUAGAGGAGAUGAUUGACAACUAUGUUCAUCAAGGCAAGAACGAAAAUAUUUCAGUUUAACCUAUCCCGUUAAAUCUCUACCUUAGCUAAGCUUCCCGUUCUUAGCUAAAAUUCCUUAUAAGAUACAUCAUUUUCGAUAUUUGUUUCUUCCA